UUGUAAGAGUACUGAAAUAUACAGAUAGUAAACUUCAGGAAUCUAAUCUCAUUACAAGAACAAUAUCGUGUGCAUUCUGGGAGUAUGUAUAAAAUAUAAAGGACUAAAUUGUAAUAUAUCUAAAUCAUCUCACUGAAACCCUAAACGCCACAGAGGUGCUAAGGUUUUGCAGAGGUAACUAAAAUCUUGCUACACUUCUAAAAAGUAAAAACCCUUCUCACAGCUGUCAAUGUCAUCAAUGGCGGACGGCGGCGGCGAAGAAGUCCAGGUUGUGACCUUGGGAGGUAAGGGCUCAUCUCUUUCCUCCUCCUCUGUCAACGCUAUCGCUGCCGGCCAAGCUCGACUCCGCAUCGAUUCGUCGGCACUUGAUAGGCUAACCACUCAGUCCUCUCCUCCAGAGUCUCUGAAAACAUGCAGAAUCCCGAUCCCCGAAACACUAACCCCGAUCGAAUGUCGAGCCUCACUCGUCGUCCUGCUCAACAAGCUCCUUCGCCACCCGAAUCCUUCAAAAAUUCGCACCGUCCUCCCCAAUCUGAUCGCCGAUGCACUAAAUUCAGGUUCCGGCGCGGCCACGAGUUUCGCAUCAGUUGAGGUGACAGAUGAGGAAGAGUUGGUGGUCCAGAACUCCUGCGCGGAGCUGUACGGCGUUUCCGCCAUUAUCGACCACGAAGCAGCUGCUCUGGCGACUGUAGUCGAUGCCGUGGCUGCAUUGUCGUGCGAGGCGCUGAAAGGAAACGACGCGGCGUUUAAUUCCACGGAUUCUGGAGAUGGGCACGUCGACAAGGAUGAGAUUGGUGUCGCCAGUGAUAUGAAGUUGCUGCUCAGUGGAUCGAAGAUGGCGGGAAAGAAUCCGAUUAAGGCAAUCUCAAAGAUUCCUGAAGUUCACGGAGGAUUGAGGCAGUUUGUGAAGUCGGUGCAUUCGAUGACGAGGGUCAAGCUGAAUUCCUCUGUGAAAGCCGUGGAUGGCGGGGAGAGGGAGGCGGUGGCGGCAAAGCUGCAACCUUUACCCGCGCUAAGGAAUGUGGGGGCAAGUAGUUUAAGCAGGGCGAAGCUGAAUGUUGAAGCUGUAGGGAUUGAAAGUUCUAGGACUGGUUUGCUUACUCUGUUUGAGGAGACAUGCCCUACUGAUGCUGAUUUGAAGAAUGCUGCUAAGUUGGUUUCAGAUUUGCUUUUCGAAGAGGAUUAUCCGGCAUUCGUUCAUGCAUUGAAUGGUUUGUUGGAGACUGUGUGGACUAUUGUCUCGUGGGAGGUUGUGACGGCUUUUGUUGUUCUGGAGGGUGGAGAUUUGGAGGGUGGGACGACUGGUGAAGUGAAUGGAGGGGAUAAACCGGUGGACAAGAAGAGUGAGAAGAAGAAAAAGAAGGCGGUUCUGGGGAAAGGAACUAGCUUGACUGUGCAGUUAAUUAAGGAAUGGUUACAGAGAAAGGAAGGGGGAGCUAGUGAUGGUCAAACUGUGUUGGAGAAAUGGGUGAAGGAUGUGUUAUUGUUUUUCAAUCACAAGCGCCCUCAAUUUGGAGAGUUAGUUACCAAAAUUAAAGGAAUAGUGGAAAGUAAUGAAAGUAGAAGGCUUCCCAAGCUUCCUAAGGGUACUCGUGACUUCUCUAAGGAGCAAAUGACAAUAAGAGAAAAGGCAUUCUCUAUCAUUGCUGACGUUUUCAAGAGGCAUGGUGCAACUGCUCUAGACACUCCAGUUUUUGAAUUGAGAGAGACUUUGAUGGGGAAAUAUGGGGAGGAUUCAAAGUUGGUUUAUGAUCUUGCUGACCAGGGUGGGGAGCUAUGUUCUUUGCGGUACGACUUAACUGUUCCAUUUGCUCGGUAUGUGGCUAUGAAUGGUAUCACAUCAUUCAAAAGGUACCAGAUAGCUAAAGUGUAUAGAAGAGACAAUCCAGCAAAAGGAAGAUACCGCGAAUUUUAUCAGUGUGAUUUUGAUAUUGCUGGACAAUAUGAAGAAAUGGGACCAGAUUUUGAGGUCAUUAAAAUUCUGACUGAAUUGCUCAAUGAGCUAGAUAUUGGUGAUUAUGAGGUCAAAUUGAAUCACCGGAAGUUGCUUGAUGGUAUGUUAGAAAUAUGUGGAGUGCCACCAGAAAAGUUCAGGACAAUAUGUUCAAGCAUUGACAAAUUGGAUAAACAAUCAUUUGAGCAAGUUAAAAAGGAAAUGGUUGAGGAGAAGGGUUUAAGUGCAGAGACAGCAGACAAAAUUGGUACAUUUGUGAAGGAAAGGGGAUCCCCUAAGGAAUUACUGGUGAAGCUCAAACAAGAAGGCAGCGAAUUUUUGCUGAAUGCUUCUUCUAAACGUGCACUGGAUGAACUGGAUAUUCUUUUUGAAGCUUUGGACCGUUCAAAGUGCAUUAGCAAGGUUGUUUUUGACCUGAGCCUUGCCAGAGGGCUUGAUUACUAUACUGGAGUCAUAUACGAGGCUGUCUUCAAAGGAACUACACAAGUUGGUUCGAUUGCGGCUGGUGGGCGUUACGACAACCUUAUCGGCAUGUUUGGCACCAAGCAAGUCCCUGCUGUUGGAGUCAGCCUGGGGAUCGAACGUGUGUUUGCUAUAAUGGAGCAGGUUCAGAAGGACAGGAACCAGAUUGUUCGCCCUACCGAGACCCAGGUUCAAUUGAGCAUCCUAGGGGAUAAAAGCAAGCUGCCUCUAGCUGCAGAGCUUGCUGGGGAGCUGUGGGACAGCAGAGUGAAAGCGGAGUACAUCCUUAACAAGAGGUCCGACAAACACAUGGCCCGAGCCAAGGAAUCAAAGGUGCCGUGGAUGGUCCUCGUGGGGGAGAAGGAGCUCGAGAGUGGUACCGUGAAGCUAAAGAACAUGGAGGCCAACGCCGAGGAAGAGGUUCCAAGAGCUACAUUUGUUCAGGAAUUGCAGAGACGGUUGAAGGAAUGAACGUUACAUGCCCUAGUCAAAGCAAUGCUGCCUGUUUUGUUAUCUUGGAUGAUAUACUUGGUGAAUUAGAAUAGAGAAAGGAGAGAACACUAGUAACUAGUUACUACUAUUGAAUCAUGGUAAUCUUAUGUGGGAGAAUGUUAUGUAUACAUGUUUGGAAUCACGUACUCUGUUCACAUUCUAUCAGGGAGCACCAUGUAACUUGGUACCUAAGAAAAGGCAUCUUCAGUUCAAUAUGAUCAUAAUGAUCCUUACAUUUCACCCUUUGUCCCAAAACAUAGCUUUCGAACUUUGUCCUUUUUGUUGCCUUGUAAACGUGUAUAUGUGUACUUUUCAAUGGAGUGUCCAAUGUUUUCUUCUUCGUUUCUUGUCACCAAGGAAUUCAUUACGAGGCAACGAGGAAGGAAAGUAUCGUAAUGCCA